UUGAUUGCUCUCUCGAGUCCUCAAAUGGGUGACCCCAUUGGUAUUAUCUUCAAUUCCAAUUUCACCCAUCAUCCACAACACCUUCAUCAUCUUCACAAAGCCACCGCCACUAGCUUCUCCACUCCAAGAACUCCUUUUCACACCUGGCCUCUUUUUCUCCCCAUUCGUGAAGAAGAAGCUGCUGUCUUUUAAGAGAAAGUUAGAAUCUUUUAAGGAUGAUUACUUUUUUUUAGAGAGGACUGUAAAGGUUUAGUCUUUUACAGCUGGUCCUUUGCUCCGUUGAAGGAUAUAUUAACCCAUGUAACUUACUUUCUUCUUCCUCUUCUUCUUCUUCUUCUUCUCCUUUUUCUCUUUUCUAGACAUAGAGAUCUGAAUCUGACCUUAUGAUGGAGCCAAAAUCACUGCGCUUCAUAACCCACCAAUCUUUUUUCUUGGCCGUGCGAUCAGGCGACCUUCACUCUCUGAAAGAGAUUGUGGAGAAGCUGACAAAAGAUGAGCCGUCUGAUGGUUCCUCCCCGGUGUCUGAUCUAAUGGCUACACAAACUGAUGCAGGGGAGACUGCGUUGUAUAUAGCUGCAGAGAAUAAUUUGGAAGAGGUUUUUAGCUAUUUGAUCAACUUUUAUGAUUUGGAAACUGUCAAGAUCAGAGCCAAGUCUGGUAUAGAUGCCUUCCAUGUUGCAGCUAAGAAGGGUCAUUUGGGUAUUGUCAAAAAACUUUUGAGCAUUUGGCCUGAGCUUUGCAAGUUCUGCGACUCCUCAAAUACUAGCCCCCUUUACUCAGCAGCUGUGCAAGAUCAUUUGGAUGUGGUGAAUGCUAUCUUAGAUGCUGAUGCCAGCUCAGUGAGGAUAGUGAGGAAAAAUGGGAAAACAGCAUUGCACACAGCUGCCAGGUAUGGCCUUGUUCGAAUAGUAAAAGCAUUAAUGGACCGUGAUCCGGGUAUUGUCUGCAUCAAAGAUAAGAAAGGCCAAACUGCACUCCAUAUGGCCGUAAAGGGUCAGAGCACUGCUGCAGUAGAGGACAUAUUAUUAGCUGAUUCCUCAAUACUAAAUGAACGUGACAAGAAGGGUAACACAGCAGUGCAUAUAGCCACGAGGAAAUCUCGUCCAUUGAUUUUAAGCCUUCUGCUAAGUUAUACAUCUCUUGAUGUCAACGCCAUCAAUAAUCAGCGUGAAACUGCAAUGGAUCUGGCUGAUAAACUCCAAUAUGGAGAUUCAGCAUUGGAAAUCAAGGAAGCUCUCACAGAGGCUGGUGCCAAGCAUGCUAGGUAUGUUGGUCAAGUGGAUGAAGCAAUGGAACUUAAGAGGACAGUGAGUGAUAUAAAGCAUGAGGUCCACUCACAACUCAUACAAAAUGAAAAAACUAACAGAAGGGUUUCUGGUAUUGCAAAAGAACUAAGGAAACUUCACAGAGAGGCUGUCCAAAAUACCACCAACUCUGUAACAGUCGUUGCUGUUCUUUUUGCCUCAAUUGCUUUCUUGGCUAUAUUCAACUUGCCUGGGCAAUAUAUAAAGGAUGGAAAUGAAGCAGGGAAGGCAAACAUAGCUGACAAUGUUGGUUUCCGAGUUUUUUGCCUUCUAAACGCAACAUCUCUCUUCAUAUCUCUAGCUGUCGUCGUGGUUCAGAUCACCUUGGUGGCCUGGGACACUACAGCUCAGAAACAGGUUGUAUCAGUUGUUAACAAACUGAUGUGGGCUGCCUGUGCUUGCACUUGUGGGUCUUUUCUGUCUAUUGCAUUUGUGGUAGUGGGAAAAGGCAGUUCAUGGAUGGCUAUAACAAUAACCUUAAUGGGUGCACCGAUCCUUGUCGGGACACUUGCAAGUAUGUGCUACUUCGUCUUCCGACAACAUUUUGGAGCUUUUAAAGAUUCGCAGAGGCGCAUAAAAAGAGCUAGCGGAAGUAAGUCUUUCUCAUGGUCAGUAUACUCUGCAAACAUAUCAGAUAUUGAGGACUACAACUCUGAUAUGGAGAAGAUAUAUGCUUUGUAAACACUGCAUUCAGCAGUAAGACAGUACUUGGAAAGAAGAUAUGUGCUUUCCAUUAUGAUCUCUUUGCUGUUGAUAUUGGCAGUGAACUAUCCUUCCCAGCCAAAGAAGGAAAAGAAAAGAAAGAAAGAAAGAAAGAAAAUGGUUCUAUUUCUGGAUUUUAGGGCUUUGCAAGCAUGAGUUGCCUGGUUUUUCUUCUGUAUUGUAAUUGUUUACAGAAGGUUGACGAAUGUAUAAUUUUGUAUAUGUUAGUUCUUGUAACUUGGUCUCCUGUUUAUGUAUGAAAUGCCAGUAUCACCUCAUCUUGCCA